AUGGCUGCGGAAGCGCCACCGUCGGCGUCUUCGUCCUCCUCCUCCUCGGCCCAGCGGCCGCCUGCCGCGGCCGCCUCUGGCUCCGGCGGCGGGGCGGCCGGGUCCGCCGAGUCGUACAUCGGGAGCCUCAUCAGCCUGACCUCCAAGAGCGAGAUCAGGUACGAGGGCGUCCUCUACAACAUCAACACCGAGGAGUCCAGCAUCGGCCUGCGCAAUGUGCGGUCCUUUGGGACCGAAGGGCGGAAGAAAGACGGAAUGCAGAUUCCUGCUAGCGACAAAGUUUACGAGUACAUCCUCUUUCGGGGAACUGAUAUCAAGGAUUUGCAAGUUAAGUCAUCACCACCACCGCCGCCACCACCACAAGCUGCUUCCCUGCACAACGAUCCUGCCAUAAUCCAGUCACAUUAUUCUCAACCAGCAUCAACUUCGUCAAGUUUGCCUUCAGCUGGGGGUGCAGUUUUACCAGACCUCAGCUUCCAGGCAGUUCAAUACGGGCUUCAGAGGCCAACUUUUCAGAGUAACCUUCCUCUAUACCAACCAGGGAAUGCUCCGUGGGGCUCUUCAGUGGCACCUCCUGCAGGAAAUGCUCCAUGGGGCUCUUCAGUGGCGCCUCCAGCAGGAAAUACUUCAACACUUUCAGUUCCCUCAAUGUACUGGCAAGGAUACUAUGCACCUUCAAGUGGGCUGCCACCUCAUUUGCAGCAACCUCCUUUGCUUCAGCCAACACCAGGAUUGGCUGUUCCCCAGAAUUUCCAAUAUCCAGGACUAAAUCUUUCUUUGCCAUCUGGGCCGCAAAAGCUGUCAGAACUCCAACCCUCAUUGAUGCCACCUAUUACUAGUCAAGGUCCUUCGUCAGGUAUCCUGCCUGCUACAACAGCUCCUGCUUCUGCUACCUUAUUAGCUCCAGAAAGCUCAAAGCCUCUGUUGCCGAACAUGGGAUCAUUGUUUACUACUCCUGCAACAUCUCUUGGUGCAACUUUUCCUUUUCCAAGCCAGCCAACUUCCGUGGCUGAAACUAGUGCAACAGUGUCGCAGAACUUAACUUCAUUUGGUAGCAACAAGGCUACUGCUCUUCCAGGCUCAACAUUGGCAUACCAAACUGUAUCUCAGUCUGUUUCUUCAACUGUUACCCCAUCUAGCUCAGCCCAAGUGGAGAUGCCUGUGCCUUUGUUGGCACUAUCAGGUCAACUAUUGCAGAACACAUCAUCCAUGCUUUCAUCAUCGCACUCCAUGCAGGCACCAUUACAGGUGGCUAGCAAAGAAGUCAAGCCAGCUGAGCCUAAGGCUAAGGUUGCAGAACCGUCACUACCUGACCCUUUGCUACCAGAUCCACCAUCACGGGCUCUGCCUGAAAGUAAGGAGCCUAUAUUACCAUUGCCGAAACAGACACCUCAGAAGUACAAUGGAUCUGGUUCGCACAACCAUCACAACUUUAGGGGCCGUGGAAGGGGCAGAGGGAGUGCGUUUUCACAGUCUGUAACAGCAUUCACUGAAGAAUUUGAUUUCACGGCCAUGAAUGAGAAGUUUAACAAAGAUGAAGUCUGGGGUCAUCUUGGAAAGAAAUCCCAGUCAAGGGACAAGGAUGGUGAGGUGGGAGAUGAUGUGUUUGAUGAAGACCUGGAGGUUGAGCAAACUGACAACCCAGAGCUAACUGUUAAGCCUGUUUAUGUCAAGGACGACUUUUUUGAUUCCCUCUCUAGUGGAACAUUUGGACGUGGAGGGCCAAAUGGAAGGGGCAGACCUUCUGAACGGCGUAGAGUAGACACAGAGACGUUUGGCGAAUUUCCAAGGCACAGGCAGCCUUAUCGCGGUGGCGCCCGAGGUUACCGUGGUGGUGGGCGUUCCCGUGGUUCGUAUUAUGGUGGCAGAGGCUAUGGAAACACAGGGACGGGUGGCUAUGGAAACACAGGGACAGGUGGCCCUGGAAAUUCGUAUCCUCACCGGGGCUAUGGGAGAGAUUGA